GCUCAGCCACUACAGAGAAAACAAUGAGCUCAACACAGAAGGACCAACAUGGACCAAGAAGUCAGCGCUCUCAGGAGGCCGACAAACCUCACAGAAGAAAGAGAGAGAAAACAUACAGCUGUGACGAGUAUGGGAAGGAUUUUGCUGUGAAGGCUAAACUAAAACAGCAUCAGGUCAUCCACACUGGAGAGAGACCGUUCAGCUGUGACUUGUGUGGAAAGUCUUUUUCCUUGAAGAGUUCCCUAAAAAAACACCAACUCAUCCACAGUGGAGUUAAAGCGUACAGCUGUGAACAGUGUGGCAGAGCUUUUACUCACAGUAGCAGCUUAAAGAAUCAUUUACUUACCCACUCUGGAAUUAAGGCAUACAGCUGUGACGAGUGUGGGAAGGAGUUUACUGAGAAGGCUAAACUAAAACUUCAUCAGGUCAUCCACACUGGAGAGAGACCGUUCAGCUGUGACUUGUGUGGAAAGUCUUUUUCCAGGAAGGAUCACCUAAAACAACACCAACUCAUCCACAGUGGAGUUAAAGCGUACAGCUGUGAACAGUGUGGCAGAGCUUUUACUCACAGUGGCAGCUUACAGAGUCAUCUAGUUACACACUCUGGAAUUAAGGCAUACAGCUGUGAUGAGUGUGGGAAGGAUUUUGCUAUGAAGGCUAACCUAAAACUUCAUCAGGUCAUCCACACUGGAGAGAGACCGUUCAGCUGUGACUUGUGUGGAAAGUCUUUUUCCAGGAAGGAUCACCUAAAACAACACCAACUCAUCCACAGUGGAGUUAAAGCGUACAGCUGUGAUCAGUGUGGCAGAGCUUUUACUCACAGUAACAGCUUAAAGAAUCAUUUACUUACCCACUCUGGAAUUAAGGCAUACAGCUGUGACGAGUGUGGGAAGGAUUUUGCUGUGAAGGCUAAACUAAAACUUCAUCAGGUCAUCCACACUGGAGAGAGACCGUUCAGCUGUGACUUGUGUGGAACGUCUUUUUCCAGGAAGGGUUACCUAAAACAGCACCAUCUCAUCCACAGUGGAGUUAAAGCGUACAGCUGUGAUCAGUGUGGCAGAGCUUUUACUCACAGUGGCAGCUUACAGAGACAUCUAGUUACCCACUCUGGAAUUAAGGCAUACAGCUGUGACGAGUGUGGGAAGGAUUUUGCUAUGAAGGCUACCCUAAAACUUCAUCAGGUCAUCCACACUGGAGAGAGACCGUUCAGCUGUGACUUGUGUGGAAAGUCUUUUUCCAGGAAGUCUCACCUAAAACAACACCAACUCAUCCACAGUGGAUUUAAAGCGUACAGCUGUGAUCAGUGUGGCAGAGCUUUUUCUCACAGUAGCAACUUAAAGAAUCAUUUACUUAUCCACUCUGGAAUUAAGGCAUACAGCUGUGACGAGUGUGGGAAGGAGUUUACUGAGAAGGCUAAACUAAAACAGCAUCAGGUCAUCCACAGUGGAGUUAAAGCGUACAGCUGUGGCUUGUGUGGCAAAGGUUUUACUCAAAGGGGUCACUUACAGAGUCAUCUAGUUACCCACUCUGGAAUUAAGGCAUACAGCUGUGACUUGUGUGGAAAGUCUUUUUCCUUGAAGAUUUCCCUAAAACAACACCAACUCAUCCACAGUGGAGUUAAAGCGUACAGCUGU